UGCUCGGUGGUCCAGGAUCCCAGGGCAGACCCCGCCUCCUGUGCCUGAGUGUUCCCCCUCCCCUAGCUGUCCCAGCACAUUAGCGCAGGGCACCCCGUGUCACCCACGGGGGCACACCGGCAGACGGUGGCUUCAUCCUUGGCUCGCGAGGCGCUUGCUCACACUCAGUCCCCAGACAGCCCCCGUCUCGGGUGUGUGUGUGUGGCACGGUCCCAAAUUCAGGCCUUAAACCAAAACCCCAGGACAGGACGGGGAGGGGGGUGCUGGCAGACACUGUGUGGCUCCUGUGGGACUGUUGGCUGGCGUGGGGGCUCCAAGAGAGCAGUGACUCCCGUGUCCCUGCCACACCCCAGGCACAGUACGUCUGGCACUUGGGGCCCAGGCUGCUCCCCAGGCCCAGGUGGGCAAACGCCGAGGACCCACUUGCAGGGGACUGGGUGCCCUGCCCCACCCCCGCCCCAGCUCUCACCCACUCUUCUGUGGCCCCGGACAGCGACCCUGAACCCAGAUGGCUAUGGGAAGCGCCUUCUCCGGGCCUGCUCCCCCCUCCCUUCUCCCCCCAAGCCUUUGCCCACAGUUAACUCAUUUUUUAAGAUCGCUUCCAAACCUAAGUCAGUGCUGGACAGAGCUGUAGGAAAAGCUUCCUCAAGCCUGGCCCCGAAGAGCUGGUGUGGUGAGACCCGGUCCCUCUGCCAGCCCCCGCCCGCCCUCGGCUCCCACAGCCGGGCCCGGGGCUGGGGCCUCCGAGGGCGGCCGUGGGCCUGCGCUCAGACACCCAGCCCCUGCCAGGCCACUCCAGGCCAAGGUCCCUAAAGAACCAGGCAGGCGCUGGUUCACACGCACUGCCAUGUGGGGGUGGGGACCUGGGGGGUGGCGGGCAGGAUGUGUGGCCCCUCGCCACGUUCCACACGAGGAAGUGGAGGCCUGGAGGAAAGGGAGCCCCCGAGCUGUAGGCAGGGAGCUGGGAGGAGGAGCGGGGGCCAAACUGCAAGCCCUGGCCCCACCUGCUCUGCAGGCCUCAGUGGGGGCCGGGCAGCAUGCGGAAGAGCUGAGGCCCGUGGCUUCUGGACCAGAAGGCAGCUGCCACAGCCCCCACAGGCUUGGCAGGUUCCAGAGGGGGCCAGAGACACCAUCGUCCAAGCGGCCAGGCACCUGCCCCCUCUCCCGAGGACCCAGGAGGCCCUGGCCCUGCCACUUGCGAGGCCCGGCCCGUCUCCUUUCCCAGCCGCCGAGGUGGGCCCUGGCAGCCUGGGGCGGGCGGCCUGCUCUGCGGUGGGCCUCACAGGUCCACUGUGUGUAGAGACAGAAGCCCCAUUCAUGGGGGGCCAGUGGAGAAUGAAGGCAGGCCUCACAGAGAAAGAGCCAGAGCGCUCGGAUCCAAGAAAAAAUCAAUCUCUCUUUCUCCUCAGGUGGGAGCAGGCGACUUUGGGGGUAGUUGGGAUCCAGGCCUGGGGCGGUGUCGGUUGGGGGAGCCUUCCUGGGGGAGGGCCGGGGCGGGCGGGGGAGGCUCCCGGCGCUGCAGCUCAGGGAGCAGGACGGUCGCUUGCCGCCCCGCUGGUGUCCCCUCCUGCCGCAGCCGCUGCUGCCACCUCUCCCGGCUCUUCAUCCCCUCCGCCAGCCUAGGCAGCCUGUGCGGAGUAGCCAUGAAGAGGGCGCUGCUCCCCAUCCUAGCUCUCUGGGUGGGGUGCUGUGCUGGAGGCGCCCCGGCCAAGGGCUGGAGCCUGAGAGGGCCCGGGGACCGGCCGACGCCCACAGGCCUGCCCACCCUGCCCCUGCCGCUGCCGCCGCCCAGCCCGCCGGGGCCUCCCGACGGAGAAAGCAGGGCGGGGACCAGGGAACCUCCGACACUUGGUGGCCUCGGGGGUCGGUGACAGAAGGCUGAGAGCUCCUGAGGAAAGAAGGAAAAAGGAGAAGUCGAGUUCAACCAGUCCCUGGGAACGGCGGCCAGGACAGGCCUGAGGGAGCCCACGGAGUCCCCACCCAGCCCCCAGCCCCCCACUGGAAGGCCCCGGCAAGAUCGGGGCUGGCCCGGAGGAAGGCGACACCAGCAGAGGCCUGGCAGCAGGAGCGGGGCCACAACACGACGGCAACUGGGGCUGGGCCAGCGAGGCGCCAGGCUGCCAAGCCCCCCCACCGAGCUCAAGAGGGGCCGGUGGCGCUGAGGAGGGCCAGGGCAGGCAGGAAGGAGGCCAGGAAGCCAGGAAAGGGGGCCCGAAGCCUGGGAGGCUCCCCAAAGGGGCCUCCCACCAACCUGGCCGUCAAAAGAAGGACUGCAGCCGAGGCCGAGGUGGCAGUAGCACCUCGGAAACCACAGGUCAUGUGCGGAAAAGGCCUGGAAGCAGGCGAGGGCAUGGCCGUGGGCUGGCAGACCUGAGCCCAGCAGAGCGGGCCAUGCCCUCGCUGCCGGCCUCCUGCCUCCUGGCCCAGGCGACCAUUGCCUGUGGCAACGUCAGGAUGAAGCGCGUGCCUGCCCUGUACGACCCUGGCCUGACCACGCUCUACCUGGCAGAGAAUGAAAUUGCCAAGAUCCCCGCUGACACGUUCCUGGGACUGCCCAACCUGGAGUGGCUGGACUUGAGCAAAAACAAGCUGGACGCCCGUGGCCUGCACCCCCAGGCCUUCAAGAAUCUGACCCGGCUGAAGCGGCUGAACCUGGAUGGGAACUCGCUGUCCACAGUGCCUGCCCUGCCCGCCUCCCUGCAGGAGCUCAAACUCAACGACAACCUUCUGCAGGGCCUUCAGCGCAGCAGCUUCCGGGGGCUCGGACAGCUGCUGACGCUGGAGGUGGAAGGGAACCAGCUGCAUGAUGGGAAUAUCUCCCCGCUGGCCUUCCAGCCCCUACGCAGCCUGCUCUACCUGAGGCUGGACCGGAACCGGCUGCGGACCAUCCCGUCCGGCCUGCCAGCCUCCCUGCAGGAGCUGCACUUGGGCACCAACGUCAUUGAGGAGGUGACAGAGGGCACCCUGAACCGCAGCCGCAGCCUCAGCGUGCUGGUGCUCAGCAACAACCUGCUCCAGGAAGACCGGCUGGCGCCCCGUGCCUGGAUCGAUCUCCCGAAGCUGGAGGCGCUCGACCUCUCCUACAACCGGCUGGUGCACGUGCCCUCCUUCCUGCCCCGGGGCCUCCGCCGCCUGACCCUGCACCACAACCGCAUCGAGCGCAUCCCCGGCUACGUGUUCGCGCACAUGAAGCCGGGCCUGGAGUUCCUGCACCUGUCCCACAACAGCCUGCGCGCCGACGGCAUCCACGGAGCGUCCUUCCUGGGCCUACAGGCCUCCCUGGCUGAGUUGCUGCUGGACCACAACCAGCUGCAGGCUGUCCCUCGAGGCCUCCUGGGCCUCAGGGCGCUGCAGGUGCUGCGCCUGAGCCAUAACAAGAUUAGACACGUGCCCCUGAAUUCCAUCUGUGACACACGCGUGGCCCAGGACUCCAACCUCAUCUCCACGCGCCUAGAGAACAACCUCAUCGACCGGCGCCGCAUCCCACCCACCGCCUUCUCCUGCAUCCGGGCCUACCACAGCGUGGUCCUCCGGCCGCAGCAGGGGGAGGGGGAGGGGGAGGGCGCCUAGCCCGCCCGCCUUCCCUGCCCCCUGCUCUUGUGGGACUGGUGGGGGGGCGGGCCCCGCCCCACUUGAUCUUUGCACCACCGGGAGAAAGGUCUAGAAGACCCUGCUGCUUCAGAUGCGCCCACGUCCCGUUGACUGCUGAGGCCCCCUCACUGAGCAACCGACCCAGCCCGGCGAGGCACUGGUUUGGACUCGACCGUAAUAAAUGCAUCUCCUUCAAGCCCA